UUUAUUACUUGUACUGUUAAGUAUGAGCGUAAAUAAUUUUUUUACUACUCGAAGCAAAAAGAUUUUGGCUUAAACGAAACUGGGCUGUAACCUUGAUUUAUAUAACCAAUAUGAUAUUGUCGAUCAACUGUCUUAAGUCAUCUCUUAAGGAACACUCGUAUUAUAUGUCAACUCUUUGAUGUCAGUGUAGUUGGCAGCACAGUUAUGCUCUCAUACUCCAUAUAGACACUCACGCAUGUGUGUGUGUGUGUGUACAUACGUACUUCUAAUGCGUCCGCUUUAGGGCUUUAACCUAAUAAUGAUGUUCGACUUACUUUGCGUGACUUAUUUUAUUAAUAAAACGAGCAAAUUUGUCUUGCUUUUUGGUCGCAUCCAUCGCACACAUACACACACGCGCAGUAUGCUAGUAUCCUUGCCAGCUCGUUGCCGUCGUUAUUGUUUUUCACAGGCGCACACAUACACACACACACCCACUCGCACAUCCCCAAGACCCCAACCCUUAUAAAACUGCCCCAUUGCCAUAUAGUGACUGCGCGUGGGAUAAGGACAAACAGCUGCUUGUUGCGGCAACCCCAGAGCGCAAAACGCUCUGAUUGGCUACAGCAGGACGCCAGGACACACCCCCCGCGAAGUGGUAUUGUGGGCUGCUGCUGUCUGGGUGGGUUGUGUAUGGCUAUGCCAAAUUAUUAAAUUACGGCCAAGUAUUUUUUUGCCUAAUUGUCAGAGCUUAGAGACGGUCUAGAACAAGAGCUAGGGGCGGGUCGGUUCAGGGCGUAAAUAUUUGAAAGCUCCAGGCUAAUGCGUAAUAUACCUACAUUAUACUCAAGUAGAUGGUGUGGUACAGUUGUGCAUGCAAGCGUUUUUCCUCUAACAAUCAGCUGUGCGCUAAAUUACGCAUACGCCGCGUUGGCAGCUUGCCUGCCCGCCUGUCUGUCUGUCUAUCUAUCUAUCUGUCUAUCUGUAUGGGUAGCUAACAGGCGCACAGUUGCGCCAUCAAUCGAUAACUUAAUUAUAAUAAUUGUGGCAUUUAAUGAAUUUAAUGCAUGCACAACACAAUGGCGGCCAUGACACGUUAAUUAUGGGCAAAAUGGCGGCUGCAGUCGGCGUCGACGUCAACGCUAACAGCGACCGCAACUGCGAGCGAGUUAUUUGCGGUUAACAUGGUCCAAUUAAACUUAGCAAGUGCAUAACCAUAACACAGUUAAGAGCCAACAUAUCAGAGUACUAUAUGCACACAUGUCAAUAUAUAUAUAUAUAUCUGUAUAUGUAUAUAUAUUUAUACAUAUAUAGUUUUAUAGGUAAAAUGCCAGCAUUAUGGUCCAAAAUCAAGCGGUGCAAAUGGCUAAAUUGCAUUCUGUCGUCAUUGUCCUUUGUGCGAGGGAGACAACCAUAUAUGCUACACAUGCAAAUGGGGGUGUGUUCAUACAUAUACAUAUACACACACCAAUAUAUAUAUAUUUUUGGGUGCCUAAGCGACAACAGCAAUAGCAGCAGCGAACCGCAACUGCAUUGCCCGCUUUUGGGGGUGGGAUGUCCUGUGCUGUGCUGUGCUGUGCCUUGCCGUGCCGUGCCGUGCAGCUCGAGCCGGGAGCAUCGCUUAGAGCGAUUUGCUGGUUGAUGUGCGGUGAUUGCCGCAAACUCAACGCGACCGUCAACGAGUAAACAACAUAAGCGCGACGGCAGCGGCAACGGCAACGGCCAGGACAUACCAGGACAAAGCGCAACGCAAGCAGGACAUGUCAACGCUUAAUGAGAACAGCAUCAGCCCAGUUGCAACUGCAGCAGCGGCGGCAGCAGCAGCAGCAGCGGCGGCGGCGACGGCGGCAACUGUUGCCAGCAGUAAGAGUCCCGCCACAACGACCACAAUGCUAACCACAAAAACGCCAUUUUCGAUUGAGCAUAUAUUAUUUCAAAAUUUAAAUAGUGCCAGCAACAACCACACCACCAACAACAGCAACCACAGCAAUAACAACAACAGCAGCCACAAUCAAAAGUGCAACAAAUAUGCAGUGAAAAGUGCCAGGUGCAACUCUAGUGCCAGCUCCAUAUCCAUAUCAAAUACCCUAUCCAGUGCCAGUGCCAGUGCCAAUGCAUAUGACAAUAACAGAUAUCCAACAAAUCCAACAGCGACGGCAUCCACACGCCCAACAAGCAGCCCAACGAACCACUCGGCGUCGGGUUAUCCCAGCGAGGAUUACGUCAAGUCCAUGCACAGUCAACGUACACAUCAUCAGCUACGGGCUGCUGCCGCCCACUAUGCCCAUUCGAGUUCUGGACCAACUGCCGAGCAAAUGGCAUCUGCAGCAGCAGCAGCACCACCUGCACCACCGGCACCACCACCACCGCCGGUUGCAUCAAGUGGUCCGAAUGGUGUGCUUUAUCCAAAUGCUGGCUAUAGCGAUCAUGGCUUCUUGCAGAUGACACUCGGCUAUCUGUCGCCAUCGUCGGGCACGUACAAGUCAGUGGAUCCCUACUUUUUGUCCCAAGCCAGCCUUUUUGGAGGAGCGCCCUUCUUCGGUGCGCCCGGCUGUGUGCCCGAACUGGCCCUCGGCCUGGGCAUGGGCGUGAAUGCGUUGCGGCAUUGCCGGCGGCGCAAGGCGCGCACCGUGUUCAGUGACCCGCAGCUGUCGGGUCUGGAGAAGCGUUUCGAGGCGCAACGAUAUCUGUCGACGCCGGAGCGCGUCGAGCUGGCAACGGCGCUGGGUCUGAGCGAGACGCAGGUCAAGACGUGGUUCCAGAAUCGUCGCAUGAAGCACAAGAAGCAGCUGCGACGACGCGACACGGCCAAUGAACCCGUUGACUUCUCACGCACCGAGCCGGGCAGCAAACAGCAAGGCGAUGCCAUCACCAGCCCAGCAGCGGCCUCCACAGAUUCCAAGUCCAAACUGGCAUCGGGCUUGGGUCAACCGGCAACUAGUCAGCAGCAGCAGUUGCAAAUGUGCUUCCUGCAGCAUGGCUACUCCACGGAUGACUAUUCCGAUCUGGAGGCGGACAGCGAAGAUGAUGAUAAUUCCAGCGAUGUGGACAUUGUGGGUGACUCGAAGCUAUAUCAGCUAACAUAGGCCAUUUUUCUCAGUUUAUGUUGGUAUUUAUUGCAUAACACUCACAAUUUCGAGUCUAUACAAUUAACGUUAUAAAUCUGUAAAUAAUGAUCAUUUGAAUUGAGCGCCAGUUCUAGUCACAGUUACAUUUAAGCUAAGUAUAUACACAUAUACAUAUAUACAUACAUUAAAAUAUUAUUAAUAUUUAAAAUAUAGUGAUUGUAUUCGAGUACUUCCAUUUUAAGAACUCUCUCCCUAUCUCUCGGCGAGUAUAUAACUCUCUUUCAUAGUUCUAUUGAUGUGUUAGCCAGCUUAGUAUUAAUGCUUU